AUGACCAGUUCAAGGAAACAGUUCUCGCAAGACUAAAUGAAAUUACUGAAAGUAUUGAGAGAAACAGAAACAUACUGCAAGAGAGAGAAGCAUCAGUAGCUGAUGAACGUCGUGCCAGAUGUGAGACACAACACAAUAACACAAAGCAUCAGUUACAUAAAUGUCAGAAGAACCUGAGGGAAAAUAUCAUCACCAGCCCUCCUGCACGAGACUGCUCGGACAUUCAUCAUAGAGGUGUGACUGAGAGUGGUGUCUACAGGAUCUCCCCUCAGAGUUCUGCAGAAGGUGUGAGUGUACUGUGUACGAUAGAAGAGGAACACAUGUGGACGGUGUUUCUCUUCCGCCAGCGCCAGACUCCACAAGAGAACUUCAACAGGCCCUGGCAAGACUACAAGACUGGCUUCGGUGACCCACGUGGAGAAUAUUGGCUGGGUAAUGACAACCUUCACGCCCUGACUAGCGGAGGUCGUCGUUACCGACUCAAGGUGAUCGCUACCAACCUGCAAGGAGAACAACAUUCUGCAGAGUGGGAGACGUUUAAGGUGGCCAAUGAAGCUAACAAGUAUAAACUCACAGUGGGAGGCUACACCAGCACCAGCACCAAUACACUUGGUGAUGCACUUGCGAUUGACAUAAACGGCAGGAGUUUCACCACGUUGGACCGUGACAAUGACGAGUCAGAUGGGAACUGUGCUGUGCACCGUGGUGGAGGCUGGUGGUACAACAACUGUGCCUGGGCCACUGCCACCUCACCACUGUGUAACAUUGCCGAUGACGAGAGGGUGUUGUACUGGCGCAACUUCAACCCAGGUGAGGAUGGUCACCGCACUAGUCUCUCCCAGCUACUGAUGAUGAUUACCACUGACACUACCACCACUGACACUACCCAAACUCAACACUGAUAGUACAACCAAUAGCAUUACCACAACUACCAACACAUAACACUGGUUCUACCACUACUACCACCAGAAUA